GCCUUCGUGCCGCUUCGUGCUCCGUUCAUUUCUCAUCAAAAUAAAUAAUAAACCCGUUUUUAAUUAUAAUUAAUUUCAAGCUAUAUUUUUUAACCUUAUCAAAAAUUUAUUCUAUUCAAUUUUUCUACAUUGAUAAAUAAAUUAUAUAUAAAAAAUUACUCAUAAAAAAAAAAAAAGAAAAAUAUCAAAAUAAAUUUUUGGUUAGUUUGUAAAAGUGAAAUAUUAAUAAUAAAAAAAUUGACAAUAUUGAGUGAGUGAAAGUAACAUCUGGAAAGUGCUGAAUUAAUUAUUUUUCUAUAAAAAAAUAAUUAAAAAGUGUAUAUAUAAAUAAAAAAAAGCUAAAAUUUUAACAACAAUCAGCGAAAAAAAAAAUUGUUUGUAGACUAAAAUUCUUUGAUAAGAAAAAAAUAAAAAUAAAUUUUGUUUAAAAAAAAAAAAACUCAUCGGGGUCAUUGAAGUUAUCGUUUUUUAAAAAUAAACAAAAUAUUCUAAAAGUGCCUUUUAUCAGAGUUAAUUUAAAAAUAAUAAAUUAAAAAAUUUACUGAUAAAAAAAAUAGUCACAUAAAAAUAGACAUUGAACAAUCAAAAUAAAAAAACAAAUAUAUAAAAUUAAAAAAUAAAAAACAAUUAUAUAAUAAAAAUAUAUAUUUUGACAUAUUUAUUUCAACAAUAAUUGUACAUAUAUAUUUAUUUACUUUCAUGUUUUAUUACGAAACGUAAAAAAAAAAAAAAAUUGGUAAAACACAGACAAACGACUUUCGUGUGCGUUCUCUCUUAUAACUUUGAGAAGUUUUAUUCUGGUGGGGAAUAGAGGCCUUGUCCCCGAUUAAGUGUGUCAGUAGGAUACGUCAGUGUAAUUCGCUCCACUGCAUCAGGACACAUACCCACCAGAUUACUCCGAUAAAUAAACAACAAUAAAAUUAUUAAAAACAAAUUAUCAAAAAAAAAAAAAAACUUGAAGAACAAAUAAACAGCCAAAAAAAAAAGAAGCAAGUAACUAUUCAAUUAAAAAAAAAAAUAAAAUAGAAGAACAAUGAGGAAGUGGAAAUAGUAAAAAAUAUUAUUUAAAAAAAAAAAAAAAUUUCGUAACGUCAAUCAGGCAACAUCAAGUCAGUGUAGAAGUGAAUUUGUUCUUGGCUCAAGGCAAAGUCUCGUCCACGUGUCGACCAGUGUCGACACUUUUGAUCACGUUCCCCGUUGUCAGGCACGUGGGGACACACACACAAACAUUUUAUUUAUAUUAAGGAAAUUUUAUUAUUAUUAAUUUUUUUAAUUUGAUCAUGCGCAAUUGGCUGAUACAGUAACGAUAAACACCUUGUUAUUUAUUGUAUUUGCUUCAACACAAUUACCGCAUUCUCUUUCACCUAAAAAAAAAAAAAAUAUUUAUGAAAAAUACGUAAUAGUAUUUUGAAAAAAUAAGAAAGUUUUUAUUAUUAUUAAUGUGUUUUUUAAAUGUGAACAAUGAGAAUAGAUAUUUUUUAUUUAAAUUUUUCGAUAAAUUUAUAAUUUUUAAAUAACAAAAUUUAAUUAAUUGUAAAUUUUUAUGUGUCAAAGUGUCAGUGUAUUAAAAUUAUGUCAAUUUGACAUAAACUUUUUUUUAAUUAAAUUUAUAAAAGUGGAUUUUUUUUUGAUAUUAUAUAAUUGAAAAUAAAAAAAUUGAUAAAAUGAAGAAUCCUGAACAUGAGAGUGGAUAUUUUGAGGAUGGUAGUGAUGUUGAAAUAGUAUAUGAAGAAAAUAUAAAUAGUGAUGAUAGAAAAUGUGAAUCUGGAACAUAUGGAUUGUCAAAGGCCAUUCGUCAACUUGAUGUUACUGAUUCACCCGCAUCACCAAAACCAGUAUCAGAAAAAAAUGAUGAUGGAGUUAACUUGACUGACAGUGGUUGUCAGAAGGUCGAUAUGACACACUUUGAUCUUCUAAAAGUCCUUGGAACUGGUGCUUAUGGAAAAGUUUUUUUAGUUAGAAAACGUACUGGUGCUGAUAAUGGUCGUCUAUAUGCAAUGAAAGUAUUGAAAAAAGCAUCAAUUGUACAGAAAAAAAAAACAACAGAACAUACUAAAACAGAAAGACAAGUUUUAGAAGCUGUUAGAGAUAGUCCAUUUUUAGUAACAUUACAUUAUGCAUUUCAAACUGAUGCUAAACUUCAUUUAAUACUUGAUUACGUAAGUGGAGGUGAAUUAUUUACACAUCUUUAUCAACGUGAACAUUUUACCGAGGACGAAGUAAGAAUAUACAUUGGUGAAAUAAUUCUUGCACUUGAACAUUUACACAAGCUUGGUAUUAUUUAUCGUGAUAUAAAACUUGAAAAUAUAUUACUGGAUCAUGAAGGACAUAUUGUUUUAACGGACUUUGGUCUUAGCAAAGAAUUUUUACCACAUGAAAGAGAUACAAAUGCACGUGCAUAUUCAUUUUGUGGUACUAUUGAAUAUAUGGCACCGGAAGUUGUACGUGGUGGUGAUACUGGUCACGAUAUUGCUGUUGAUUGGUGGAGUGUUGGGGUUUUGACAUAUGAACUAUUGACCGGUGCAUCACCAUUUACUGUUGAAGGUGAAAAAAAUACACAACAAGAAAUAUCAAGAAGAAUAUUAAAAACAGAACCACCAAUACCAAAUCAUCUUAAUUCAUCAGUACGAAAUUUUAUAUCAAGAUUAUUAAUAAAAGAUCCAAGACAAAGACUUGGUGGUGGACCACGUGAUGCAUGUGAAUUAAAAGAACAUGCAUUUUUUAAAAAAUCAUCAACAAUAUUUAGUUGGGAUGCAUUAGAAAAACGUAAAAUACCACCACCAUUUGUGCCUCGUAUAUCACAUGAGCUAGAUACUAGUAAUUUUUCAGAUGAAUUUACUAAAAUGAAUGCUGCUGAUAGUCCAGCAGUUGUACCACCAAAUUAUGAUAAAAUAUUUCGUGGUUAUUCAUAUGUAUCACCAUCAAUAUUAUUUAGUAAUAAUGUUGUAUCAGAUGAUAUAUUUGAAAAAUCACAACAGCAACAACAACAACAACAACAACCACAACAACAACAGCAACAACAGCAACAACAGCAGCAACAACAACAACAACAACAACGUAUUAUUAAUCAUGAACAAAAUCGUCCAACAAUAUCAGAUGUAUUAUCAGCACGUUUUGAAGAAUCAUUAUUUUAUCAAUUAUAUGAAAUUGAUCCACGUGAUGAUACACUUGGUGAUGGUAGUUUUUCAGUAUGUCGUCGUUGUCGUAAUCGUAAAACUAAAAAAGAAUAUGCUGUUAAAAUUGUAUCAAAAAAAGUUGAUUGUCGUCUUGAAUCACAUAUACUACGUACAUUUCAAGGACAUAAAAAUAUUGUUAAAUUAAUUGAUGUUUAUCAAGAUCGUGCAUUUACAUAUAUUGUUAUGGAAUUAUUAUCUGGUGGUGAAUUAUUAAGUAGAAAAAAACAUUUUAAUGAGCAUGAAGCUAAAAAAAUUAUGAUACAAUUAGCAUCAGCUGUUGAUUAUAUACAUUCACAUGAUGUUGUGCAUCGUGAUUUAAAACCAGAAAAUAUUGUUUAUGAAUAUAAUUCUGAUGAUUCACCAAUAAAAGUUGUUGAUUUUGGUUUUGCUAAAAUGAAAGGUACAUCUGAAUCAUUACAUACACCAUGUUUUACAAUACCAUAUGCUGCACCAGAAGUAUUAGAUAGAAAACGUGAAGGUUAUCGUGAAAGUUGUGAUUUAUGGAGUCUUGGUGUUAUUUUAUAUUCAUUAUUAAGUGGUAAACCAUCAUUUAGAAAUGGUACAUCUGAAUUAAUUAGUAAAAUUGAAAAUAAUGAAAUUAAUUAUGAUGAUGAUGAAUGGAAAAAUAUUAGUUAUAAUGCUAAAGAUGUUGUUAAAAGUUUAUUAAAAAUUAAUCCAUAUGAAAGAUUAACAGCAGCAGCACUUGUUAAACAUCCAUGGUUAAAUGAACAAUCAUCAUCAUCAUCAUCAAUUUUACCAACACCAACAACAUCAAAAUCAACAUCAACAUCAUCAACAAAUAGUAUUGCACCAUUAGUUAUUGAAUCAACAAGUUAUGAACAAUCAGUAUCUGUUUUAUCUGAUAAACCAAUUGAAUCAUUUAAAUUAAAAAAUGUUGAUGGUGCAAAAUUAGCACAAAGAAGAAAACUUCAUAAACGUUCUACCUCGAGUUCAGUGUCUUCCUCAACAUCAACAACAUCAUCAUCAAAUCCAUCAUCAUCAUUAAAAAUAUUACGUCCACCAAGUGCCACAACAAGUAUAAAUACAACAACAUCAUCACCAGCCCAACCAAAUGCAUUUGAUUUUGGUGAAGAAAGAGUUAAUGAAUAUUUAAGCUCAUUAUCAUCAUCAUCUGAUUCAAAUUCACCACAUUUAAUACAACAUCAACAACAACCACAGCGUCAUCAUCAUCAUCGUCAUCAUCAUCACCAUCAUUAUCAUCACCAUCAUCAUCAUCAUCAUCGUGAUAAUAAUAAAAAUGAUAAUGAUAAUUAUAAUAAUACAAGAGAACCAAAAACUAAAAAAAGAAAAAGAGAUAUUGAUGUUGAUAAUAUUAAUGAUAAUAAUGAUGGUGGUGGUGUUGGUGGAGUUAGUGGAGGUACUGGUGGUGGUGUCGGUAGUAAUAGUAAUAGUAGUAGUAGUAGUAGUGGACCAGUUACAAGAUCAAGAAAACGUAAACUUGAUAAAAUUGCAUGUGAAUCAUCAGACACAUCAAUUGAAUAUGAUUCACAUAAUAAAAAAUAUUGUAAUUUACAUCGUAAACAAAAAUCAGGUAAACGACCCAAAAGACAUGCUGGUGAUGCCAUUGAUUAGUCUUUAAAUAUAGCUAGAAAAUUUUUAAAUCAUGUUUUUUUUAAUUAUAAAAUCAUUAAUUUUUAUUUUUAAAAUGUUAACUUUGUUUUUAAAUGAAAUUUCAUUUUCUUUUUUUUUAGUUCAUUAUCUAAUAUAUUGAUAUUUAUAUUUAUAUAUAAAAAAAAAAAAAAAAGAAACAAGUGAUUUUUAAAUGGUAAAGAAAAAAAGAAGUAAUUAAAACAAAAAGUUUAUUAGAUAAUUAAAUUUUUAAUGAAGAAAAAGAAGAAGAAGUUCAGUGUCUUCUUCAGUGUCUCAUUGUAACGGUCAAUAAUCAAGACCGUAUCAUUCCUAUUAAUUGUAUUUUUACAAUGAUUAAUAUUGUAAAUAAUAUUAAUUUAAUUAACCGUGAUUAUGUAUGAGAAAUUCAUAUUAAAACAAUAAUAAAUUAAUUAGAUAAAAUAUUUAAAAAUAAAUAAUGAUUUAAUGAAUUUAUUAACACACAAAUAAAAUUAUAUUUUGUGGUAGUUAUUAAUAAAUUGUUUUCCAAUUAUGUUUCUCUAAUUUAUUAUUGUAUUUUUCAAAUAUAUAUUAUAUAUAUGUUGAUAAUUUAAAUAAUUGUUUGAUAAACAAAAUAAUAUAUUAGCGAAAUUUAUUUAAUUUUGUUAAAUAAUUUGUUAAGAAAAUGUGUGAAAUGAAAAUGUGCAAUUUGAUUGACACAUGGGUGCUGUUUUAGAUUAUUUAAAAAAUGUAUUUUUUGUUUUCUUUUUUAUAGUUAAAAUUGAAAAAUAGUUAAUCAAUGAUUUAAACAAAAAAUGGGCACAUUGUUCUUAGAAUAAAUUGUAAAAAAAAAAUUAUAUAUUAUUUUGGCCUGGAAAAUGUAAAUUGUUGUCAUUUAAUUUAUUUACUGACGGCAUAUGUUGAUUUUGAAAUGGUUAUUAUUGUUGUUGUUUAGUUAUCAAGUUAAGCUCAGGUAUAUUAUAUUAUUUCAAUUUUAAAUUAUUAUUUUUAGCAAAUAAUCAUUGAUUUUUUUUUGUGACAAAAUUAUUGUUAUGUCAUAUUAAAACACAUACUUUAAUUAAGUAAUUUUAAUUUUAAAUUAAAGACUCGAUUUUCAACUGAAUAUUUUAAUGAAAAUUAAAUUUUGUAUUAUUAUUUAAAAAAAAGAAAAAUAUAUCUGAGCUUAAGUAUGUUUGAAUGCCGACUCAGGGAACAGAAUUUAAAUGCGAUAAAAUUAUGUCUUCAAUUGAGGAGUAUAGAGGGGUGAUAUAGAAAAAAAAAAAAAUAAAUUAGAAAAACAAAUUUAAUAAAUAAUUAAUUAAAUUGUUUUUUAAAAAAAUACGCACACCUCUACCAAAGACGACUGAAGCAUCACUGCGCUGUAAGACCAAAUAAAAAAAAAUAAAUAAAACAAUAAAAAAAUAAAAUACGACGAUUGAAUUAUAAUAAAUUGUAUUUUGAAUUAAAUAAAUAAAAUUAUGAG